AGGCAGGCCUGCGAAAUAGCCAUCAAAAAGGGGAUCAGUGAGAGUGGUAAUAAAGCAAAAAAAUCCAGCGAUGGGAGAGAGCAACGCAACCGUCGAUGAGGAUUUGCUUCUCAAAGAGUUCUUCGCCGAAUUCAGCGAAGUUGAACGAGACAAUGAAGUCAUCAGGAUUUUUUCAUGCUUCAAGUUAAAUCCAUUUUGAGUUUCUGAACCUAGCAUCUGAUUCAUCUCCAGAAGAUGUCAAAAAGCAGUAUCGUAAGCAUCCACAAGCAAAAGAGGCCUUUGGAGAUUCUUGGGGGAGAUAUUUUGUUCCAACAUUUAGGACUUGUGCUGAUUAUAAAGUUAUGGUUUUCUGACUGCAUUUACUCUUUUGAAUGUUUUCUCCCUCCUUGAAGACCUUGCUGUUUGGAUUUUCUGAAUCUACUUCAAGCGUGCAGGUCAAUCUGGACAGAUUCGGAAUUCAUCUGAGUUGUUUUCUAGGAUCAUGGAGUUGAACUACGCAUCGGGUUGCUGGUUCAAAACAAUAUGAAACUUGAGAUGAAAUUUAAAAGCGUUAGAAGAUGAUUAUGAUUCAGGCCAAAAGUAGAAGAUGAUAUGAUGUGCUGAUGCUGAAUACAAAAAUUAACAAGAUAAAACAAGUUAAUGAAUUUAGAAUUAUGCUCUCUAUUUGGCUCUAAUAGCCCUAGUAAAUCGAAAGAUGCAGUAAGAUUAAUUUGGGCUUUGUGCCGCUACUUUCACAUAAGAUGUUAGGAUCUCGCAUCUUGCAUCUACAUCCUGUCAUCAUGUUAUGUACACCUCUAUGUUCUGUUUAUCUAUGGUACGAAUGAAGAAAUAUUAUGAUAAUUUGUAUUGGUCAUUUCAUGUGAUUCACAUAUUUAUUAGAAAUUAUUAUAAAUGUUAUAUUAGAUUGUAUUACCCACACUGGGUUUUUUACCGUGAGCAGCAUUAGCAAAAGCCCAACAACAAUUGCUUGAUCAACAAGAAAGGGAUUAUAUCCUAAGCCAAGUUACUGCUGCAAAAGAAGAACUUAGAGCAAAGAGGAAGAAGCAGUUAAAGAAAGACACAGCUUCUAACUCAAAGUUAUUAGUUGAUGAGGAACAGAGCAACCAAAAACAAAAAGAGAAGAAGAAAAUGGAGAAAGGAAAACCGAAUUGGAGUGAGGAGGUAGAGGAUCUGGUGACAGCCGGAGACACACAAGGCGCAAUCUCCUUCCUAGAAAACCUCGUUUCCAAACUCGAAACGACGCCAUCUUCGGACGACCUCCAAUUAGCCUCUGCCCUUUCUGACUUGGCUGCUCUCUAUUCCUCCAUCGGCUACUCCCUUAAGUCCGAUCAACUUUUCUCACGCGCUUCUCUCCUCAAGCAACGCGCUCACUCUUCGAGUGACGUCGGGCUUGCAAAGAAAGACUUGAAGGAGGAUUCUUUACCGUUACCUAACGUUUCUUUGGCUGGAAAUGACAAGCCUUUUACUCAUGGGAAUAUUGAAAAAGGUCCAAUGACGGGUGAUGAUGGUGAGCCAUCGAAAUUAUCAUCAGAUGAUGAUUGGGAAGCAAUUGCAGAUCGUGAACCAAAUGAAUUACUUUCCUCAGAAGGCUUGCCUGGAGUAUCAAGUCUGUCAUUGAAAGAUAGCAAAGUUGAAGCCCCUAAGAGACGGGGAAGGGGAACAUUUUCUUACAGAAAAAGUGAAUUGUAUAGUGAUCGACUUUCUGACGGCGUGUUUGCUACCAAAGAUACAGAGAAUGAGGAUGUGUGCAUAGACUCUGAAAUAAAGACAGUGGAAACUAAAUAUGGUACACAUCAUGUUCUUGUUCUAGCUGACUUUUCACCAAGCACUAGGACAACAUACCUAGAGAAGCUUUUCGAGGACUUCAGAGACCGUGGAUUUGUUAUUCGCUGGGUCAAUGAUACAACAGCCCUUGCAGUAUUUUGUACACCGUCUAUUGCCCUUGAAGCCUGCAACCAUGUUAAUUGUCCAUUUACUGUACGUAUACUUGAUGAGGAUGAUAUGCUUUUGGGCUCGAUUUCGGCAAGAGAUUUAGAGCCUCCUCGCCAAAGACCACAGACGUCAGCAAGAACUGCCCAGAGGCUGAUAGCUCAAGGAAUGGGAUUGAAAUUGUCAUCCUCAACCUUUGGGUCUAGAGAAUUGAGAAACCAGGAAGAAGCUAGGAAGAAUCGGAUAGUUACAAGACAAAAAUUGAAAGAUGAUGCCUGGGGCGAUGAUUGAAGCAAACAAAGGGUUUUAUUUUCUUGUCAUGUUAACCUUACUUUGUUAACCAAACAAAGGAAAAGAAAGGAAAGAAAAAAGGAGUUUGAAUACAAACUUGUUUCUCAAUUAUAGACAGGUUUUGUAACACAACUAGAUAGUUAACAACUCAGGCUCCCUCAUUUCGAAUUUUCUUUGAAGAGUAAAGUUUGUUCUAUGAUUGUCUUUUAUGAUAGCUCAUAUAUUUACUUUGAAAAAUAUUAAAUCAAUUGUUUGAUAUGAUUAUAAGAUAGGAACUGUUCAGAGAA